AUGGCUAAAAAAACACCUACACGCCUGAUGCUUAUUGCAGGGCUAUUGUCUGCGGUGAUCCUCGUCGCUAAACUUCAAUCCAACCAUCUCUACUUGCAAACGAAUUUUUUGUCCACGUAUCACUCCACGGAUGGUCCAUAUGGGCAAUCUGAGACAGCUUGCUCAGGCGUUCCCGGCAUCGAAACGUGGUCUCACUGUCAGGAUGGACAACCCGCAGACGAGGACGGAAGACGUCCUGAAUUCGAAAAAGAAAUGUCUCAAAUGCACCAUAUAUUAUAUUCAGUAUCGAGUCCCGACCGGAAGUAUUUUAAGAUCGAUUUUGGGAGAAGAUCCGUGAUGAAUCCCAGUAUCAUACCCCAUCCUGAAUUGCUUGACACCUGGAUCAUCACUGCACAACUUCAAAUCCCUCCUUCGGCUCGAAAGGCAUCAGUCUGGUAUGCUGAACUCGUCUGCAAUGCGGCGUUCUCGGAGGAUAAGCGAGUUCUGAGCUGUCUGGAACCACCACUGCAAUUGCCCAUACCAGCGACGUUUGGUGACGCCAGCAAGUGCGUCGGCGACCUUUCAUACUUUAGUCUCAGCGUUGGGCCUCAUGAUGCGAGGGUAUUCUACGGGCCCGAAAUUCCGUACACCAUAUAUGGCUCCAAUUCUUUCUUUUCGUGCUUUGGACAAUGGCUCUCCGAUUUUCGAAUCUUGGUGGACUGGGGCAUAGACACGAUACAUGAACACGAGUUCCUCCAGUAUCGUGAGCUCCAACGUCCAAUGCCAUGGAAUGCUGUUGAAAAGAAUUGGUUCCUUUUCUGGGACGACUUUGGACAAAUGUUCGUACACCAUGAUAUUGUACCGGUGCGAGUGUUUGCUAAACUCGAGCUAGAUGGCUCCGUUGGGCCCAACUUGGCUCUGGCGACCGCGACUUCUGACCAAGCGUGUCUCGAGAGAUUCUUGCCUGAGAGUACAAGCCUAACGGAGAGCAUUCAUCAAGCAACAAACUCGCUAGCUAUCACUCUAUGUGCACGAUCUGACCAAUCUUGCCAACCCGAUAUGACCAAUGCCUUUGUGCUUUUCAUCAUUCAACAAAAGACCUUACACGGUCUUCACCCCGUAUAUGAGCCAUAUGUCGUGCUUGCUCGGCGUUCAAUGCCAUACGAGAUUUAUGCGGUCUCGUCAAAACCAAUUUGGAUUUUUGGUCGCAAAACUGCCGCUGAACAGUCAGAUAUAUCUUCUUCAACAUUGUUCUCGGAAGAUUCCGAGAUGCUCUACGUGACCAGCAUCAGCUGGAAAAGCCAAGGCCAGAAGUAUCAUGGGUUUAUUGAUGACACGCUGUUCCUGGCAUUUGGCAGGGAGGACUCGGCCGCUGGCGGUAUCGACGUUACCGCAAGAGACCUCUUAGCAGAGCUGAGUAUGUGUGCAGGACUUUGA